AUGUCCACCACAACCUCCACUCGAAAUACCCCCACCAUAGGGCCUAUGCAUGUGUCGCCUUGUUUGCGACCACCUCCACAAACGUAUCAUGGUGAUGGAAGCCGGAAUGGCCCUCCACAGCGGAAACUGCCUAAGGUGUCCAAGAUGACUUCUCCGCAUAAGUCUUCCCUAAUCGAUCCAUUCCUAGAGCAGUACAUUCGCCCAUCCAGCAACGAUCACCACGAGCUCUACUUUAAAUCUUUGAAUCGCCAAGUGCGCAUCAAGAGUUUUGAUUACUACCAGCAGUAUCUUAAUCAAUCAGACAAGCCUUCAGUUAGUCUUGAUCUGUUCAAGCUGUCGAACACAAAGCCGUUGCGCAAACCUCACUCCCCACUUCUGAAGCAACUUGAGCGCUAUGAUGAUGAUGGUGAUGAUGAUAUUGAAGAAGAUGACGAUGAUGAAGAUCAAAACAUCAGCGACGAUGAUUUAGCAGAGCGUGUGGAAUCCAGAAGAAGACGUCACACAGAAAGCGAAACUCCUGGUUCAGAUGCUCCUUCAAAGAAGAUCAAUCCUCAAAUUGUUGUUAAGUCACUCCCCCCAGAGUUCAUGAAUUGCGCAAUCGAAGAUAUGAUAUCUUUGAUCUCUCGAAUGCUCCACUCGCUCAUCGGGUUGAAUGACCGGUCUGUGCCAAUGUCUGUAUCGCAUCCAAGCAGUGCUGAUGUAGAUGGCAGUCUCUCAGCUGAGCUGAAGAAGAAAGUGCUCACACGGUACCAUUCGCGAACUCCUCCUGCCAUUUCCAUCGAGACAUACCUCAGCCGUCUCACCAAGUUUAACAACUUCACUCAGACCACUUUGCUCACAACCAUCUACUACAUUGACCUCUUAUCACACAACUUCCAGCCAUACUUCACGUUGAAUUCGUGGACGGUGCACCGAUUCUUGUUGGUAGCCACCAUGCUAGCGCAGAAAUCUUUGGAAGACUUUUUCUACACCAACGACCAUUACGCGAAGGUUGGAGGAGUUGCAUUAACAGAGCUCAAUUGUCUCGAGCUAGACUUCUUGAAUAGGGUGGACUGGAAGCUCGUACCCGCUAAGCAGCUACCUAACAAUAAGACUUCUAUUCGGUACUACCGAGAAGUGCUUGACCUCUAUUAUAGGCAGUUAGUGACAUUGAUGGGAAGCAACACGAGUGAGACCAGCAAAGUUCAGUUUUCUAUUGGCGAAAGUGGCGAUGGAACGUCCAGCCAUCUCUGA